GUCAUCAUUAAUCGCCCACCGUGUUGCUUCCUGUGUGGUGACCCAGAUGCUAGCUAGCCAGGUAGAAAUUAGCUAGACUACCAUUUAAAAUAUAUGUUUGCCUUCUUUUAAUUAGAAGUAACAGUCAUGCCGAAAGUUGUGUCACGAAGUGUUGUUUGUUCCGACACCCGAGACCGCGAGGAGUAUGAUGACGGAGAAAAACCGCUUCACGUGUAUUAUUGUUUAUGUGGUCAAAUGGUUUUAGUUCUGGACUGUCAGCUGGAAAAACUUCCUAUGCGGCCACGAGACAAAUCAAGAGUGAUCGAUGGUGCUAAACAUGCACACAAGUUUUGUAAUGUUGAGGAAGACGAGAACACUUACAUCAAAAGACCAGAGGGAAUUGAGAGACAGUAUCGUAAGAAAUGUGGAAAGUGUGGGCUACUACUCUUCUAUCAACACCAAUUGAAGAACACCCCUGUCACGUUUAUUAUCGAUGAAGCGGUUGUGAAAUUUGGACAAGGAGGAAUCGGUAAUACGAGUGUCUACAGUCAAAAGCCGGAGGCUCCCAAAAAAGUCAGAGUAAUGAUGACCAAGCGGACCAAAGACAUGGGCAAAUUCAGUUCAGUUACUGUGUCCACCAUUGAUGAAGAAGAGGAGGAAAUUGAGGCUAGAGAGGUGGCAGAUUCGUACGCCCAGAAUGCUAAAGUGAUUGAGAAGCAGCUGGAGAGGAAAGGCAUGAGCAAGAAGAGACUUCAGGAACUGGCUGAGCUGGAGGCAAAGAAGGCCAAAAUGAAAGGAACCUUGAUUGAUAAUCAAUUUAAGUAACAAGGUGCAGACAAAAGGAGUUUUUGUAAAUAUUUUUUCUAAACGUCCAUAUGGACUCUUGUCUAAAAGGUCUUAGAAACUAUUUAGUUUAUAUUAACUUUAGUACACCAUGCUCAGUUUCAGUUAAAACAUUGCUGUUUUUAAAAUCUGAUUCAACCACAAACGAUUAUUGUAUUUGAGUUCAGUCACUCUGUAUGGAAACUACAAGGACAAAAUGCAGAAAUAAAGAUUUUUUUUUAACUCA